CUUGGAUUGGAUGUCGUAUUCUUUCCAUUUCUUUCGACAACAGGCAAGGAAGUGAACAUACAAACGACACGAAUAGCGAUUCGAAUUGAUUCAGUUGCUUUCAAAGUUUUCUGAUUAACGAAGGAAGAAAAAUAUUGUUAUAAAAAGAAAAAAAUGGGUAAGGUAAAAGCAUUGAAGCAUAAUGCAAAUAAAGGAAAACAGCAAUUGCAUGAAAUAAAAGGUGGUUCUAUAAAGAAAAACAAAGAUUCCAAAUUCAAAAAUACACCCAAAGAUCAAAAGCCUACUCCAAAUAAAAACAAGGUUUCAAAGAAAUAUUUGGAUCAAAAGUCUUCUCCAAAUGGUAAUGCAGUAGCGAAGCGAUCAAAACAAGAUUCUCCAAACAAAAAACAAAAUUUCAAGCAAAACACGAAUUCAAACAAAGCACAAAGAAUUGGUAAGAAGACUUUCAAUCCUAAAAAGGUGGAAAAGCAAUUAGAUAAAUCUAAUUCUAACACCAUUGAAAGUGAGGAUGAUAGUUUAAAUAAAUCAGAUGAAACAUCUGAAAGCGAUUCAGAUAUCCCAGAUAUUCUUGGCAAGAGUUUAGGAGAUGAAACAGAUGAUGAAGAUUAUGAAGAGGAAGAAGAAGAAGACACGGAUAAUGAUGAUGACUCUGAUGAAGAAGAGAUGGACGAUGAUGACGAUAGUGAUGAAGAAGAGAUGAGUGAGCAUAAAGGUGUAAAAAUGUUUAAAGGUUUACAAUUUAAAAAUAAGAAAAAUCAAAAGGAGGAUGAUGAAAUCGAAAGUAAUGAGAAUACAACUGAGAGUGAUGAAGAUGAUGAUGAAGAUGAUACGGAUGAAGAUGACGACAAAGAAAAGCAGAAAAAGAAAGAUGAUCACAUUAAAAAACCUAAGAUUAGAAUUAUCAAAAAUUAUGCUGAAGUAAAUCCUAUAGUAUCGGAAAAUUCCGAUUCAGAUGACUAUUCCAAUGAUACUACUGAUUAUAGCGAUGAUGAGGAUGCAGAAUUAGGUACAAAAGCACUUUUGGGGCAAAGUAUUGCAGACGACGAUGAUGAAAAUUUUAAUGGAGAAGAUAAAGAUAGUAGUGAUGAUAUGUAUGAAGAUGAUAUUAGUAGUGAAAUUGAAAAAGACAGUGAGAAUGAUGAGAAUGAUGCAGAAAGAGAAGUCAAUGAAAAUGAGAACAGUAUUAUAGGAAGAUUUAACAUAACACAAAAAGAAAAAGAUGAUCUAGCAAGAAGAAUUGUUCUCAUUGAUAAUAUCUCAAAGACAACACCUAGUAACGAGAUAGCAGAACUGUGUAAGGAAUAUGGAAAAUACCAGAUAUUUGAAGCAAGACCUUAUCCAGCAUUCUUUCUUGAUUCAGAAAAAGGGGAACAAAUAGAACCUUUGGAAUGGCUAAAUCGGGAUUAUCCACAUCUAGAAACAUUCUCAGUAAAUGUCCUAUAUUCUAACAGACAAGACGCUCUGAAAGCAAUGAAGCAUAUGCAUGGAAUGAAGUUCGCUGGAAAUUAUUUAAAUGUAGUAACUGCUGAUCAAACUGUUCAAGAGCCUGACUAUGCUGUAUAUAUAACAAAUCUAAAAAAGACAAUGCCUGACAACUAUAUCUGGAAAAUGUUUAAUCAAUGUGGAACCAUAGUACGUAUGCGAAAUGUACGUGAUCCAAUAACGGGACUAAGUAGAGGAUUUGGUUACAUCUCCUUUAAUAAUGUGGACUCUGCAAAGUUUGCUCUUGAAUAUAACAAUGUAAAACUUAAUGGACGGCGAAUUAAAGUGCUGCCAUAUCCUUAUCGUGAGAAAACAUCUGUUAAAAAUUUGGUAGAAGAAAUAAGACGAAGGAAUCAAACAAUUCUUGAAAGUGGAAAACGAAUUCUUGAAAAUGAUAAUCGAUCAUCAAAAAAGUUUAAGAAGAGUUCGGGAGAACCUGCUAAUGUUGAACCUGAAAGAAACAUUAAGAAGCAUAAAAAGCAAGAGGGAGAUAAAAAAAAGUCUACUACAUUUCAAGGUCAAAUGGUCGAAUUAAAAAAUAAAAAUAAGAAAAACAAACUUGAUAAGAAAAAGAAGAAAAUGGCAGAAAAACUUGUAGCUAAAUCUAAAAAAACUAAAAAAAAUUAA